CCAUAACCUUAUCCAUUCGCCCCACACACACACACACACACACACAAACACAACAUCUCUCCAUGAAAAUGCAAGCAACUACUCUCAACCUUCCACCACCAUCACUGCCAUAUGGCCUUACCAAACUCCCACUGUCCUUGCCAUUGCCAUGGUUUCCUAAGCUACGACAACCUACCACUUUCAGGGCUCUCCAACUCAAACUCAAACCCACCGCUGCUGCUACAAACGACACUCCCACCACUGUUGAUUACAGCUCUGGCACUUCUGUUUUUCCAGCGGAGGCUUGUGAGACAAUUGGAGGAGAAGCUUGUGAUGCUGAAAUGUAUCCUGAAGUGAAGCCACCCACACCACAGCCCAAAAACACGGCUACUAAUACUAAAGAAUCUGUUGACAGAGAGUAUCUUCAGUAUGACGAACCCAAGACGGUGUUCCCAGGGGAGGCUUGUGAUGAUCUUGGAGGAGAAUUCUGUGAGCCAGACUAUCAGACAGGAGUUUACUAAACCAUCCUUAUUCUAAUUUGGAAAAGGGUCAUCUCAUCUCCUCUCUUGUUUAUAGUUUUGGGAUUAGCUAAUGUUGAAUUUCUGCAUUUAAGUGAAUAUUCUGUAAUUAAGUUAAGCAUGAAUAAAUAAUGAAAAAUAAUAUAACUUGGAUAUAUGAAA